UGCUAUUUAUCAGCAAGUGAAGUCUCGUAGUGUAAGAUAAAUAUGUAAGUAUGCACAUAAGUAUUGCUUCUAUUUUUCAAUGAGCAACGUCAACCUUGAUCAAGGAUUUCAUUUCUUAAAAUAUUGUUAAUAAAAUUUAAAUUUCAGUUAAAUAUGUUCAAUUUUAUUGGAAAUUUAAAGACUUUGACCCUUUCAAAUUCCUGCACGAGAUCGAUGGUGCGACAUUUUUCUUCAAAGCAAUUAAAUGAUGUGGUUAUUGUUGCCGCUGCCAGAACGCCGAUAGGCAGCUUUAGAAGUACCUUAUCAAAUUUAUCUGCAACCCAAUUGGGAGCUGUAGCAAUCAAAGCAGCAGUAUCUAAAGCUGGAAUUUCUCCUGAUAAUGUUGAUGAAGUUUAUAUGGGAAAUGUAGUAUCAGCUGGCUUAGGUCAAGCGCCAGCCAGACAAGCUGCAAUAUUUGCAGGGCUUCCAAAUACAGUUUGUUGCACAACUGUAAACAAAGUUUGUUCUUCUGGAAUGAAGUCAGUAACUUUAGGUUCGCAGUCCCUAAUGCUUGGAUUAGCAAAUGUAGUAGUUGCAGGUGGGAUGGAGUCAAUGUCCAAUGUGCCGUUUUACUUGAAAAGGGGAGAAACACCAUAUGGCGGUAUAAAAUUAAUUGAUGGCAUAGUGUUUGACGGAUUAACCGAUGUUUACAAUAAAUUCCAUAUGGGAAACUGUGCGGAAAACACUGCUAAAAGUCUUGGUAUAACACGAAGUGAUCAAGAUGAAUACGCGAUCAGUUCGUACAAAAGAUCAGAAAAAGCUUGGGCCGAGAAAAUCUUUGACACUGAAAUAGCACCAGUAAAAGUACAACAAAAGCAUAAACCAGAGAUUACUAUUUCGCAAGAUGAGGAAUAUAAGCGUGUCAAUUUUGAUAAAUUCGAUAAGUUGUCAACAGUAUUUCAAAAAGAUGGGGGAACUGUAACUGCCGGUAAUGCGUCAACUUUAAAUGACGGUGGUGCUGCCUUGAUUUUAAUGACAGCGCAAGAAGCGGAACGCCUUAACUGCAAACCUUUAGCUACUGUUGUAGGUUUUCAAGAUGCAGAAACAGAUCCAAUCGAUUUUCCCAUUGCACCAUAUUUCGCGGUUGACAAGCUACUAAAAAAAACUGGGAUAAACAAACAAGAUAUUACCAUGUGGGAAAUCAAUGAAGCGUUUUCUGUUGUAGUUCUUGCUAACCAAAAAAAAUUAGAUAUCGAUCCGAAAAAAAUAAAUAUUCAUGGUGGAGCGGUAUCUUUAGGUCAUCCAAUUGGAAUGAGUGGAGCAAGAAUAGUCACGCAUUUGGUACAUAGUUUAAAAGGUGGUGAAUUGGGCUGUGCAUCAAUCUGCAAUGGUGGCGGAGGGGCUACAUCGAUUGUGAUAAAAAAACUGUAAGAAUUUCUUAUUUAAAAAAAGUAGAAAUUUUACACCAGAUUGGCAUUUAUUUUAUA